GCGACAGGCCCCAAAAUUCCUAACGCCUUCGACGAGCCGGUGCGAGGUAGAAUAUUUUAUUGGAAAUCUGAAAGAAAAAAGUCGCUGCUAGCGGGCAGGACUCGUAUUCGGCGCAAGGACUUAAAAUUGGGUAGAAUGAGCAUGGCACCGGCCACCGUCCUUCAGAUGCUGCGCGGCCUAAGUACGCCGCGCGUUCUCGCCCGUAUCCACCAGAACCGCGCAUUGGGUAAUCACCAGCCUCAACACUUUCAUCACCAGCUCCACCCGCACCGUGCCAUUGCCACAUUGCUGCCUUCGGUCCAGCACACAGCCCGCGGCUACAGCAGCACAGCCAAGCAGGAAACGGGCGGAUCCGGGCCGGAGGCAUCACCAGCAGGCUCCAACGCUCCGCUGUUGGCCAAGCUCUUCCCCCAGACCGCGCCCGAGGUGGACACUAGCGCCGAGCAGGAACGCCAGAAACGGGAGGAGGAGGAGGCCAAGGAGAACGAGCGUGCCUGGAAGCGUAUGAAGCUAGGCUUCGCGAUUUUUGGAGGCGGUGGCGUGGCCGCUGGACUAUGGGCCGUCUACGAGUUCGGAAAGCCUGAGGUUGACCCCACAGGGCAGACCAUAGAGGACGAAUUCUCACACAAGCCGCUGGUGCAACAGUACCUGCAGCGAAUGUGGAAAAGCAUCCACUACUACCAGCGGAUGAUCCAAGAGCCGUCGCGGGCCAAGCUGCUGCCCGAUCCGCUGAAGCCGCCGUACGUGCAGCCGCGGUACACGCUUGUCCUGGAGAUGAAGGAUGUGUUAGUGCACCCGGACUGGACGUACCAGACCGGCUGGCGCUUCAAGAAGCGUCCCGGUGUCGACCACUUCCUGGCCGAGUGCGCCAAGGACUUCGAGAUCGUCGUCUUCACCGCCGAGCAGGGAAUGACCGUUUUCCCCAUCCUGGACGCCCUGGACCCUAACGGGUACAUCAUGUACCGCCUGGUCAGGGACGCCACGCACUUUGUUGACGGACACCACGUGAAGAACCUCGACAAUCUGAACCGCGACUUGAGAAAGGUGAUCGUCAUCGACUGGGACGCGAAUGCCACUAAAAUGCACCCGGACAACACAUUUGGCCUGGCCCGCUGGCACGGCAACGACGACGACGGUCAGCUGCUGGACCUCAUCGCCUUCCUGAAGAUAAUUGCCCAGAACAACGUGGACGACGUACGCGAGGUGUUGCAUUACUAUCGGCAGUUUGACGACCCCAUCAGCCAGUUCAGGGACAACCAGCGCAAGUUGGCCGAGCAGAUGCAGGAGGCAGAGCGCAUCGAGCAGUCAAAGACGAAACCCAUGGUCAAGCAGUGGUCGCGCAACAUUCUCGGGCGCUAGGAGGCCGGCAAUCCUGCGCACCCGCUCCGCGUCCACACAUCCACCCUUCGCCUGCCCCAAUGCACGCAGCGAGCAUAGCCUGGACCCGGAGCAGCACACUGGCCAUAUUUUCUGCCGAUUUAUAGUAGGAGUUGGGUGCAGGAAGGCGCGCUCUUUUUAUUGCUGCCUCGGGAUAGAUAGGGCGAAUGUUUUUGUUUUAAUAAAUACCUUAACUUGCUUGUUUUUGUUGUUUGGCAAUGUAAUCUUAUUAAUACUAUUAUACACAAAUGACCUAGAAGCAAAACCAAAAACAUAUCAAA